GAAAAUCACCACAAAAUUGAUCCGACAAUAAGUGUAUUGAAGACAACACAGACUCUGUUGUUCAUCAAAAGACGAGAUACAAGAAUAAACACCAAUAGAUUGUGUGUUGUGUUGAUCACCAGCUAAUGGUUGUGGUGACCACUUGUCCGUCAAAUAAUUACCAAUCGUCGGACGUCACGACAAUUGCAUCACUUGCCCCACACGCCGGACACACAACACACUGGGACUGUAUGCCCCUGGAUGAAUUUCAUCCAUUUAUUGAGGCACUGUUGCCUCACGUCAAGUCCUUUUCGUACACGUGGUUUAACCUGCAGGCGGCCAAACGCAAGUACUUCAAAAAGCAUGAAAAACGUAUGACUUUGGAUGAGGAGCGCAGGUGUAAAGAGGAACUACAGGUAUGGCGUCUGGAUUUAGUUAUGGUUAUACUAUUCAAAGCCAUACCAUUGGAGUCGACUGAUGGCGAGCGGCUCGAGAAGUCCAUAGAGUGUCUCCAUCCGAGCCUUUGUGUCAAUCCCUAUCACAUCAACGUUUCCGUCCGCGAACUGGACCUAUAUUUGGCUAAUUUUAUCUUCAGUCACGAGCAAUUGCGAGGCAUUCACGAGACAUGUGAUAAUGAGAGUGAGGAUGAUAUGAAUGUUAAUAUAUCGAGACAUCGAGAAACCAAUAAUGCAAAUACACUGUUAGCCACUGGGGUUUUCACUUCAGCCGAACUCUACCGGCUCUCGAAAGCGUCUAUAAUCCAACCGCAAUCGCCAGGACUGCCACAUGUGAUAAAACUGGAGCCAAACGUCGGCUCAUAUUAUUGCAAUAACUAUUCGCCGGACGAUCCGAACGAUACGUUAGCCGUUUCCAUACCGGUGUCGAGUCUGUCGUCGGGCGCCGGCAACGCCUCCAUUAUGACCAGCGCCGGACACAACACACACCUAACCAUUAGCCACACGGCCUCCACGUCUAGUCCGGGCAGUGAUGUCCAGCACCAACACCCGCACCAUCAGCACAACAGCAAACGCCAGCGA